ACAGGAAGUUAAUAUCUUAUAUCGUUUAAACUCCAUGACGGUGACAAGUUGGAAAACAUGAUUAUUAUAACCGCUCUCUCUUUGAGUUCGAGCAGUAAAUAAAAGAAAAUUUCCAAAACCAUGUGCUCGGAAAAUUAUUGCUACUUGGAACAAUUAAAACAAUUAUAUACUACAGACGUAUUUCAAAAAGUCUAAUAAGUAUUAAAUUACAGUGUUAUCACAGGGUAUUAUCAUUGUGAAUUUAAGGCGUUUUCACAGCUCAAAAAAUCAUUAGGCUUCUGAACAUUUUAGUCUCAUUUCAACUGCUGUCCACUUAAGACGAAAAAACCAUUAAAAUGAAAUUAGUUUCAACAAUAAUCCUUCUGUUGGGUGCUUUGAGUGUUGUAGUUAAAUUCUCUUUAGCAGUUGAUUGUGAAAAAACACCAAAAAAUAAUGAGUUGCGAUUGAAAAAGGAUAUGCUGUGCACUUAUGAUAAAAGCGUUCGUCCGAAUGGUGGAAGCAAGAAUGCAACGAUCGUUAAAGUGAAAAUGGUCGUGAAAUCCUAUGAUUAUGUCGAAUAUAACAAUCACAUCAAUGUUUUCGUUUGGAUGGUAAUGGCCUGGACAGAUGAUCAUUUCAAAUGGGAUCCACGGGAAUAUGGAAAUUUAAAAACAUUCUAUGAGAUGAGCGAUCAAAUUUGGAUGCCUGAUUUAUCCCUUUACAAUGGAGAGAUACAAGAGAAUUCCUGUGAGACGACAAAUUGUGUCAUAAGUUCCACUGGCAGUGUGAUUUGUGUCCCUCCAUGUAAGUACAGUGGACACUGUGCUGGAUCUUUUACUCGCUGGCCCUAUGAUCGUCAAAAUUGCACCCUGAAUUUUGGUGCUUGGAUAAACACGGGAGAAGAGAUCAAUUUCGUUCCGGCAAAAAAUAGUGUAGAAACUACAGAUAGUCUCUUAAAUCAUGAAUGGAAACUCGUGUCCAUUUCCAUGAAGAAACACGAUGGAAGUUAUGCAUGUUGCCCUAAUCAAACCUUUCCAUCAUUGAGGUAUAAUUUUAUCCUUGAGAGACAUGCAUCAAUUUUCACGGUUUAUUUGCUAAUCCCAACAAUUGUUCUAGUUUUGAUCAAUAUGAUAACUCUUUUGUUAUCUCCUCGUGGAAAUGAUCGUUGGAUUCUAAUUGCAUUGAGCUUUGUGGGACACAUACUUUUCAUACAGCAAUUAUCAUGGGUGGUUCCCAAAAAUGGUGAAACAAUACCAAAUUGUCUCCUGUUUUAUAGAGAUUCCACAGCCAUCAUUGGGAUUUUGGCCCUAAACACUAUCAUUGUACGCAUUUUAAUGGGUCUUGAGUGUGAUGUGCCUCAUUGGCUUUCAUCUCCUGUGGACAUGGUCAAGGAUUCCGCAGCAGGGAAAUUUGUUGUGGAUCCUAGUAAAAUCAAAAUGGAGAAAAUGGAGGAGGGAGCUGAAGAUGAUACGGCAAUUUUGGUUGAACCAAAAGCCAAUGAUCAUAAAAAUACGACAAAGUGGAAUUUUGUGGCCAGUCUCAUUGACCGCCUGGUUCUCAUUAUUGUAACUCUAACAUACUUUUUUCUCAUUAUUCUACUCAUUCCUGAAAAUUACGAAUCAUCUGAAGGAUUGACAGCAAUUGAGAUUGCAUCUACAAAUGUACAGCAAUAAGUGAGCAUAUUUAUUCAUGAUAUUCUCUCUAGAGGCAGAAUCCAGGUCCAUUUGGUGGCUGAGAUGGUAUAUUUCUCUUUAGAAGUCGACAUGAAUGUUCUUCCAAUCUCUUCUGUACAAGUACACCUUCUUCGUGACUCCAUAAUCUCUCAGCAGCUGCCGAUACUCGUGGAAAGAUCCUGUGUAGAGGAAGAUUUAAGAAUCUUUGAAUAAAAUAUCUUGUUUUUUUCUGUUGCUGGUAAAUAAUUCACCUUUGAACAACAUUUGUAUCAUCUACUACUUCUGCCCACAUGCAAGCUUCUCCGCCCAUUACAAGUGCCUUUUGUUCUGGUGUCCCUGGGAAAUCGACCGGAUCGCAGUCGUAGUACUUUAACCAAUCUCCUCCUGAGGAUAAAUGAUCCAGGUACCAACAGGAGGAAAGAAGUACCGGCAAACCAUCAUAUGUAAUCUGAGACAUGAGUGCCUUUCUAUCGCCGGUCCAGACCUGAACUACAGUUCCCUGUGGCAGUCUCACUUGAUUCUGAUAAACUUCUUGCCAUACAAUUGACUUGGACUUUAAAUCAUCGAGAAUAUCAACGACUUUCUGAAUAAAUUCUUCUUCCAAUUGCUCAAA